UUUGGCAGCGCUACCUGGGCACCGAGAGCAGCUGGGAGCAGAGCCUUUAGCGAGCGGGGCUGCGAGGGAGCCCUGGUUCGGUGGUGUCGCUCUCCGCAGCAGCCGAGCUCAGGCGUGUGGCUCCGUGCCCCGAGGAGUCCCGGCUCCGUGCCCCGAGGAGUCCCGGCUCCGUGCCCCGAGGAGUCCCGGCUCCGUGCCCCGAGGAGUCCCGGCUCCGUGCCCCGAGGAAUCCCGUCCACGUCUGGCUCUCCAGAGCCGUCCCCAACUUUCACUUCAUUCGUAGAGCCGCCUGAAGUUCGGGUCCGAAGCUCUUCUGUGCUUCCCCUUUCUGUGCAGGGGUGGCCCUGAACGCAUCCAGUAAAUGGAUCGUCUUGGAUAGAAAUAUAACUCCGGGCUCUCAAGUUUUGUGUCUUGAAGCACAAAUAAUGCUUUGCACUAAGUUAAAUAUUUGCCGCGUUUUUAAGUGGCAUUGUGUUAAACAUUUCUCGAAUUCUAACGUGUCUGCUUAUUAGAAGUUCUAUUUUACUGUGUAGUAAUCAACAAAUGAAUAGGAUCUUUUUAAUGGACUGAAAGGAAGAGGAUGUUUAUGUAGUUAUUUAGUUGUCUUUAACUUUUUAUGGGGAACACUUGUUUUUAAAGCAGUGUUUUUCUUUAUUACGUUGUUAACAGGGCAGCUGAGUGAAACUUAAAGUGUUUAGAGCAUGUUGAAAGGGAAAAGAAAAUGGUAAAAAGCAGCACUGCUAAGGAAAGUUACACAUACAUAAUAUUUAUAAUUUUUAAGGAGGUGUCUUUUUUACCAAAGGAACUUCAUCUCAGGAAGACGAUGAAAGAUAAUGUUGCUGAAGAACAUUUAUAUUUGGCUUUUUCUCAUCAGUACAGAGACAGUAUCUUCCCUCUUCAUACAUCUAUCUCACUGUUUUUGCUAUCCUACUGUGACUGCAAAUUAUUUAAAGUUUUCUUAGUGCCAACCGGCGAAGAUGUGGGUGAACAGUGUGUGACAAAAAACCUCGCUGGCGACCUCGAGGUCCACUUAAUCUCCAGGUGUCAGCUUCCAGUGGUUGUGCAGAGCUGCAGUUUGCCUGCUGUUGUCGUGAAAGAUGACAAAUUCUGCCGAGCUGGGCUUUCUGUUGUCUUAAGACAUAUAAUACAGAAAACAUUUGAGGCAGAUCCAUCUAAAAAGGAGGUUUUGGAACUCUUGGGCUUUAAGAAGACCUGCUUAAAAGCCUGUGCUGAAGUUAGCCAGUGGACCAGGCUCUGUGAGAUCAGCAUACCUCUGGCUGUUGAAAGAUUUUUGACAGCCUCUCCUGAGCACUGCCAGGCUAUUCCUCCUGACAUUUUACUGUUGGAAAGGAAGCUCGGAGAACCUGUCCGAGUACAUAAUGAUGACAAAAUUCGAAGGCAGAAACUUCAACAACAGAAGGCAGGUGCCAAGGCUGCAGUGCCUGUGCUUGGUGAAGAAGCAACAGAGGAAUUAAAACCAGGAGAAGUCCAUGAACAUCCACCCUCAAGUUUGGAACUGAGUGUAGCUUUCUCCAAACUACUUGCCCAGGAAGCACCAGAUGCAAUCAACAGGGAGGCCCCUCACAUCAGGAGAACAAAAACCUCUGACCUUCCCCUCUUGGACCACGUUUUUGCAGAAGGGCUUUAUUUUACUGUGGCAGAUCUAGUGCUUUUGCCAUGCAUCCAUCAGUUCUUGGUUUCCAGCAAGAAGCAAGGCAAAAAUCUGGUCAACUUGCCACUGAUAUCCAGUUGGUAUAGAAGAGUUCAGGAAGUACCUGGGGUAAAGAAAGCUGCUGGCAAAUGCAACAUGGAGCUUCUCCAGCUUCCAGAGUUGGUGUCUGCUCCUGAGGAGCAGCUCCAGGACUCUGCUUCAGUUCCUGAUGAGUUAGAAGAGGAUCAUGAAGCCAGUCAUUUUAUAGGUGGUCCAAGGCCAACCAUGACUAAGUUAAUGGAAAAUGGAAUUGAAGCAAAGUUUUCUCCUCAUCCAUGCCCCAGCUGGACCCUAGACUGGACCAGUCUUCCGUCUGCAGUUAGUCCUGGGGAAGGAAAGAUGUCUCGAGACCGGGCUCUCAGGAAGCAGCAGCAGCUGAACAAUUUGGUAGCAGCAGUGACAAAGCUUGCGAAACCUGGAGAUUUGAUUGUGGAUUUUUGCAGUGGAGGGGGCCAUGUUGGAAUUGUUCUUGCUUACAUGAUGCCAUCAUGUCAGGUGGUACUCAUAGAAAAUAAGGAGUUGUCUCUGAUCCGUGCUAAAGACAGAAGUGAUGAACUAGGUUUAAACAACAUUUGGUUCAUUCAAGCAAAUUUGGACUAUUUUAAUGGGACUUUUAACAUUGGGGUGGCCCUGCACGCCUGCGGGGUGGCCACAGACAUGGUGAUUGAGCACUGCCUCAGGGCACGGGCAGCCUUUGUCAUCUCCCCCUGCUGCUAUGGCUUCAUUCAAAAUACUGUCAAGUUCAAAUAUCCACGAAGUCAUCAGUUCAAAGAAAUUUUGUCCUACAAGGAGCACAUGAUCCUUUGCAGAUUUGCAGAUCAGACAGCUGUUCAGCUUCCACCCGAGCGCAGGCUAAUUGGAAAGCAGUGUAUGGGCCUUGUGGAUCUGGAUCGGGCAUGGGCUGCAGAGGAACAUAACUACUCUGUCCAAGUUAUUUCUAUGGAGCCAGAGAGUUGCUCUCCAAAAAACAAUAUGUUUGUGGGCAUCCCUACUUAGAGUGUGAAACUUGCAUUUGAUUUGAAGCUGAACAUAAAUCUUCAGUGCAUAAUGACAUCCAGCAGAUAGAGGCAGCACUGGGAAGCAGACAUCCCGCAUCUUGAACGCAUUGCCUUCGGAAAGGGAAGCAGCCCCCAAAGUCCUAAAAAGCAAACUGCAUGCAGAGCAUCACAAAUCAACUUGUAAUGUGUCAUUAAGCAACUUUUGGUUCUCAUACGGAGAAGUUUCUGGAUCUAAUGACUGUGCAUGGAAUUAUAUCCAUCUGUAAAAUUUAGAAAAAACUGGCUUUGUUGAAGGAAAGGUGAUUUCCUUUUCAGUAAAGCUGUGUCUUGGCUGCUUGGAAAUUGCAUUCGUGGUCAAAACAGCAUUUGUGCUCCUAAGCACAGCAGUUAUCAGCCAGCAGUGCUGAUCACCAGAGGAACAGAGAAGACCAAAUUUAUUGUGUUAUUGAAGAUGGCUGUGCAACAGGUGGUGGCCUGACUUUGCUAAAGAAUUCCAUACUACUGUAGGAAGGUUAUUUUUAAUAAAAGUUCAUCAGAAUA